AUUUUCAUUUCGGUGGCAGAACGGAUAGUGAUACUACUGGGACGAGAAAAGAAUGUACUAGUAGAGAGAACCAACCAAAAUGCAUUUAUUCCCCUUCCUUAUCCUCUUCUUCUUCCCUUCUUCCAUCACCAAUUCCUCGGAUUCCAAAUUUCACGUUCCCCCAAAUGCAUCACCAUUAUUAAUGAAGGUUUUCUCCCCAUACCUACAGCUCAUUUUUCCUACUUUUCCCUUUUUUAGCUUCUAUCUAGCCUUGGCUCUUAUUUAUGGGUGGUUGUCCUCACCUUCAAAUACAGAAGUAGAAGAUAGAACACUCUUGCUGUCUCACUGACUCACUGUCCAUGUCACAUUUACGUUCCGUGUCUGGCUGGGUAUUAUUAAGAUUGUUUGGACGCGAAGAGGUGGUGCAAUAUACACUACAGAAAGUCCAUAGGAUUUACGUACUUGAAUGACUCGUGUUCGUAUUCAGGGGCAGCCCUUUUUUCUGGGGCGUUUUUUUUCUUCUUCUUCCUCCUCUGGUUGUCUCCUUCUCUUCUUUCUUAUGUUUGGUAGUCAGCAUUUAUGUUUGUCCGUACGUCCCCUCUCGUUUUCGUCGUUUCUACUGGGACCGUCUUCUUGUUUUUCCGCCAUCUUUGGGGUUGUCCUGAAUCCUGAUGGCUACAGAGGUUGUUGUUGAGGUCUGAACGUGGGCUCCGCUCUUUGAGUGGUUGGAAAUGUCAAGUGGAGCUCUUUGUCAGCGGACACGGUGGACUUGUUUACGCCAUGUGAUAAGAAAACACCAAAACCAAAAUACCAUUCAAGUUUAACAACCCAUCCCUAUUCCCUACCUACCCAAACUUUACACUUCCCAGUUGGUUAUAUACUUCCCAGAUGGUUAGCGUGUGAGCUUUUAUUCUAAGGUGUUUGGUGAAGGAAGGAGAGUCCAAAGCUUUAAGGAAGCAGGGUGCUGACCGACUUCCAAGUUGUUUGUGGCGAUGGCGGGGGAAGAGAUAAACCAGAAGCUUUUGACCAAAACUGUCGAGGCAGAAGGCGAGGAAGUACCCUUGAAGUCCAAGAUAUGGACGGAGACCAAGAAGAUGUGGGUUGUGGCUGCCCCAGCUACCUUCACCAGGUUCUCCACCUUCGGCAUCAAUGUCGUCAGUCAGGCUUUCAUUGGCCAUAUUGGGUCAACUGAACUCGCUGCUUAUUCCCUUGUCUUCACUGUCCUCUUGAGAUUCGCUAAUGGCGUCCUGCUGGGCAUGGCUAGUGCUUUGGAAACUCUUUGUGGGCAAUCAUUCGGGGCGAAGCAGUACCACAUGCUGGGAGUUUACCUGCAGAGAUCGUGGAUUGUUUUGAUCAUGUGCGCAAUUCUGAUGCUUCCGAUAUUCGUCUUCACUACUCCGCUCCUGGAGCUAUUGGGCCAAGAGGCUUACAUCGCUGAGGUUGGAGGAACUAUUUCACUAUGGUUGAUCCCAGUGAUGUUCUCCUCCAUCGCUUCCUACACCUGCCAGAUGUUCCUUCAGGCACAGAGCAAGAACGUGCUCAUUGCAUAUUUGGCUGCAGCUUCCAUGACCAUCCACUUGUUCCUUUCCUGGCUGUGGACCAUAAAGUACAGGUAUGGGAUCCCAGGAGCAAUGAUAUCCACGAUUCUGGCUUAUUGGAUCCCCAAUAUAGGUCAGCUCUUCUUUGUUACUUGUGGUGGCUGCCGCGAAACGUGGAAGGGUUUCUCGUUCUUGGCGUUCAAGGAUCUGUGGCCUGUUGUGAAGCUCUCUGUUUCAUCUGGGGCUAUGCUUUGCCUUGAGCUUUGGUACAACACAGUGCUAGUGCUUUUGACAGGUAACAUGGAGAAUGCCGAGGUUGCUAUUGAUGCUCUUUCUAUCUGCCUCAACAUCAAUGGAUGGGAGAUGAUGAUCUCACUUGGUUUCUUAGCAGCUGCCAGUGUGAGGGUGUCGAAUGAGCUUGGGAGGGGCAACGCCAAAGGCGCCAAGUUCGCUAUUCUGGUGACGGUUGCAACAUCAUUCCUCCUUGGGGUCCUGCUAUUCCUCGUUUUCCUGUUCUUGAGAGGGAAGAUUGCUUACCUAUUUACGGAGAACCUCGAGGUCGUCCAUGCUGUCUCUGAUCUCUCACCACUACUGGCCUGCUCCAUUCUCCUCAACAGCAUUCAACCAGUCCUCUCCGGUAUAUUCCCCAGAGACUUUCCACUGCUGAUGAAUAAGCUAGUAAAUAUUUCCCUUGUGGACAAACAAACAGGUGUUGCUCUUGGAGCUGGAUGGCAGAGCAUCGUUGCAUACGUCAACAUAGCUUGCUAUUACCUUGUUGGUAUCCCAGUUGGAGUUGUUCUUGGAUAUGUGUUUGGCAUGCAAGUUAAAGGUGUCUGGAUCGGGAUGCUGUUUGGAACAUUCAUCCAAACCAUCAUUCUCGUCGUGAUCACCUACAGAACUGACUGGGACAAACAGGUUGUUCUUGCUCGUAACCGUGUCAACAGAUGGUACAAACCAGCAGCAGAACCUGAGGAGCAAAGUUUGUUGUCUUCCUAGGUUUCCACUAGCAGUAGCAACUUAGAUUCUUUUGUGUGCAAAUUCACCUGAUAUAGUCCAAGCCUCUCUUUUCCCUUCCAUCCGAAAUCCCCCCUUUUGUUACUGCAGUUAGAAAGAUCUGCAGAGUAGUAGUAUCUCCAUUUCCCAUUAAUGACAAAAAUUGUGUAUCAUCUCCUAAUGUUACAGUAAUGCCAGUUUCUCUUCCCACAGUCUCAAUUCUAUGUCACAGAUGUUAACACAACAGAACGAAAGAAAAACAAUUGCUCUAAUCAACUUCACUGUUCACUGUUCACCAAAAGUUCUUAGGCGUGUGUAUAUGAUGCCUGGACCCUCCACCACCACGGCCACCUCUAUGAGUAUCAGUAACAGCAAACCGCGAGUAUCUCCUCGCCCUGUUUAUCUUCAUCCUCACGCCUGGAACCUUCCUCCCCACGGCCUGCCAUAUCAUCUGCACAGCAUCGCCUUCCACCGAAGGGUACUGGAACUGGAAGAAGUGCUCGACUUCCUUCAACCUCGUCCACAUUCUCGUCCACUCUUCCUUCUUGAUGCUCCUGAUGAAGUUGAUCAAGAACUUGUCCUUCACCGCGUCGGAGGUCUUGACAAACACGCAGAACUCGGAGUAGUCCAGGACGUCCUCGUAGGGGAGCUCGAUCUCGUCGCUGAUGAUCACGGGGACGCAGUGGCUGGCGAUGGCGUCGAAGAGGCGGUUCGACGAGGGUGUGUCCCCGGCUAUGUUGAGGCAGAACUUGGAUGAGUGCAUGCCUCGGGAGGCCUUGUGGAUGCCGUCUUUCUUCACGCUGCCGAACUGGAAGUGCACGUCUUUUUCGUCCUUCAACAGGUAGAACAGCUCUUGCCUAGCCAGUCCACCAUCUUUCCUGUAAAUGGCACCCUGGAAGUAGAGCAGAGUUGGUCUGGUGUCAUACUCCGAGCUGUCAUUGACAUAGCUCUUAAUGAUAUGCUUGUAAGGCGCAAUCACAUCCUUGUCCACAUUCGCCACAUUGGGCGGAUACCUGCCGAAAUCCGACAACACAAACAUCGCCGGCCACAGCUUCAUCCUUGCGCUCAGCAUACUAUUCGGGUGGUGAGCCAUCACCAGAUGAUCCCUCCCGCCGGACCUUUUCCACUCCGGCUGUGAAGUGAGGUACUUCACCACUUUGUCCUGCAACUCAUUGUUCCUGCUCUUCUUCUGGUGCGGGUUCAGCUUCGAGUACCGGUUGUAGCUCAGGGAAGAGAAGAAGGGCACGAAUAUGAUGUCGGCUUCGCUCGAAUUCCGGACUCGAAUUGCACUACCGGCUCGAGGAAUCUGAGGGACUUCAGAAGCCAGAAGGUCCAAUGUAAGCCAGUAUUCGAUGCUGUGCUGCAGAUUGAGUCCGCCUGGGUACCCGGGUAUGUGGGUUUUUAUGUCGGGCCAUACCCGACCCGGUUCAGGCUUCCAACCCAAUAGCUCGAAGUGGAACUCUGGAGGCAUAUCGUACAUGAAAACCUUCAAUUGUGGUUGUUGCUGCUGCGGUUUGGUGUUGACGAGGCUUCUUUCGCCAUUGCAAUUCACAUCACCAUUGACACUAGCAGCUCUGGUUUCGGGUCUUAUUAUGGGCUUGUUAUCAUUCACGGGCUUGGGUCCGGCGUCAAGAUUGGCGGUGGUGGCGGCGACGAUGUUGUUGAUUUUUUCUGGUUUUGUGGGCUCGGUGUCGUCGACGAGGAUUGCGCGAGUCCUGGUGGAGAUGGAGCUAGGAGUGGAGAGCUGUUGGUGGAGGGGGAUGUCGCUUUUAACGACGGAGAGAGUGGUGACCGUCGGUAAAAAUGCGCGGUCGAGGAAGCUUGGGCGGGCGGUGGAGGAGCGGAGGACGAAGAACCAUGAGAGCAUGAGCACGGCGGAGACAAACGGGAAUACGCAGAAUAGGAGCUUUCUCGCGGCGAACCCAAUUGACGAGCCCCCGUGUCUGUAUUCGCCCAUCGGAAAGGGGGGAAUGAAUAAAAGCACCCCUAAUAUUGCAAUCUCCGGAAGAAGACGACGGCCGGUUAUUUCCCUCCGGCGAGCUGAAAAAUUCUCUCAGACGAAAAUUCAAUGGCGUUCCAGUGAACCAACACGGGAAACCAACGGAAACCCAGAUUGCAGAAUCGGUUUCUGUGUGGAACCCAGAAACUGAAAAGACGCAAUCAUGCGGAAUGAAGCGAAUGCAGAGAUGUAAAGAGAGAAAGAAGAGGAACCAAAUACACGGCAGAACUAUCGCGUCUUCCUUCCCCUCGCCGCCGAAAGAGUUACGGCACUGAGCUCCGUCCGCUUGAUUCUUGGUGGGUCUGCAACAACAAAUCAAUCUCUUUUUCCCGUUAUUUCUGUUUCUUGAAUUUCAGAGAGCGAGAGGGAGAGGAGUAGAGGUGGGGGAGGAAGAAUUUUGGGAUGAGGAGAGGGGAGAAGAUGGCGGAGGAAUAGGAGGAUGAGGUAGCUUAUGGAGUUGUCUGGUGGAGGUGAUGCCUGUUGGACCGCCAUUCUCGUUUUCCUCUGAAGCUAUUUAUGGUUUUGAUUUUCCGGGCCUUUUGUUUUCUUCUGCAGUUCCAAGAAGAGCAGAAAGAAAGAAAAGAGAUGGAUAAUUAUUAAUUAACAAUCAGGAGACACGGCCUCGAAUCAAAAC